AUGGCUGGCUUCAACCACACUGGUGUUAACCAUAUGGUCUUCUAUCUGCUGGGUAUCCCAGGCCGAGAAGAUCUACACAUGUGGAUUUCCAUCCCCCUCUUCAUCUCCUAUGUCUUCGCUCUCCUUGGGAAUGGUCUGCUCAUCUUUAUUAUUCUUACCAAGAGUAGCCUCCAUGAACCUAUGUAUCUCUUCCUCUGUAUGUUGGCUGGAGUUGACAUUAUCUUUGCUACUACCACAGAACCCAAGGCAUUGGCCAUUUUCUGGUGCAAUUAUAGGGAAAUUUCUCUUAAUAGCUGCAUUGCUCAACUUUACUUUCAGCAUUCCUCCUUCAUCUCAGAGUCAGGCAUCUUGCUGAUUAUGGCAUUUGACCGCUACAUUGCAAUCUGUUACCCACUGAGAUACACUACAAUUCUCACUCACUCCUUUAUUGGGAAAAUUUUUGUGGUGGUUUUUAUGAGAGCACACUGUACAAUUUUCCCCAUCAUAUUUCUUCUGAAGAGACUGACUUUUUGUAGAAAUAAUAUUCUUCCACAUACAUUCUGUGAACACAUUGGCUUGGCCAAAUAUGCUUGUGAUGACAUCCACAUAAAUAUCUGGUAUGGGUUUUUUGUCUUAAUGUCCACAGUGAUCUUAGAUAUUGUCCUCAUUUUUGUUUCUUAUGUUCUGAUUCUUCAUGCUGUCUUCCACAGUCCUUCCCAAGAUGCUCGUCACAAAGCUCUCAACACAUGUGGCUCCCAUGUCUGUGUCAUUAUUCUCUUUUAUGGGCCUGGAAUCUUCUCAGUUCUCACACAGCGAUUUGGACACCACAUACCGUUACAUGUCCAUAUCUUACUGGCCAAUGUCAGCAUGCUAGCUCCACCUAUGCUGAAUCCCAUUAUUUAUGGAGUCAAGACUAAGCAGAUACGAGACCAAGUAGUUUAUAUGUUUUUUCCAAAGCAGAAAUGA